GCCUCCCUAAGUCUAAGCUCGAUGGCUUGAAGGUGCUCUUUCUUUCGUUCUUUCGUUCUUUCGUUCUCUCUCUCUCUCUCUCAAGGAAGUUUGUUCAAGUAGUGACUGGUGAGGAUCAGCCAGCCAGCCAGCCAGCUGGUGGUUGGGUUAUUAAUUAGUUGUUCCUUCUCGCUCCUAACCCAAUUGUUCAAACUUCAGACCUGUGAUCCUUAGUUCCUCCCUCAGAAUAUUGUUGUUGUUCUUCCGCCGAUGAUCGAUUGAUUGUCCAAGGACUGAUUGACUGAUAAGCUGGCUACAAAAGUGUUAUUGCCAGUCCACGUUCUCUCCAUCCCUUUCUGAUUGAGAGGUCUCGCCUUCAACCCCGCCCCGUCCGUCGGGUCUGAUCGUGCCCUUCAUGCUGGCAGAUCCGCCCCUUGAGUGCCCCUUGGCUCGGUAGUGUGGCGGUCAGCAUGACCAUGACCUCGACAUCGGCCUCUUCGGGCGCCGUUUCCAUCGGGUCCCAGGGUCAGUUGGGGGCCGCUGUCGGGGGUAGUCCCGCCUCGGAUGGAGGCGUGGGACCCAUGACAUUCAGUUGUCAUACCCUGGACAAGGCCACCAAGGCCAAGGUCACGCUCGAGAACUAUUACUCGAACCUGAUCGCUCAGCACCAAGAGCGACGCCAAAGACGGCAACGUUUGGAGGAGUCCUUGCGGGAAGAGCGGAUCACGGAGGAGCAAAAGUCCGAGAAACGCCAUCAACACGCCGUUCGGGAGACCGAGUUCCUGCGCUUGAAGCGAUCACGGCUCGGGGUGGAUGACUUUGAGCCGCUGAAAGUGAUUGGACGGGGCGCGUUUGGCGAGGUCCGGCUGGUGCAGAAGAUCGACACGGGUCACGUGUAUGCCAUGAAGAUUUUGCGCAAAUCAGCCAUGGUGGAGAAGGAGCAGGUGGCGCAUGUGCGGGCCGAGCGAGAUGUGUUGGUGGAGGCCGACCAUCCCUGGGUGGUCAAGAUGUUCUAUUCAUUCCAAGAUGCCGUCAAUCUGUACUUGAUCAUGGAGUUCCUACCCGGAGGGGACAUGAUGACCCUGCUCAUGAAGAAGGACACGCUCCCGGAGGAGGUGACCCAAUUCUAUGUGGCCGAAACGGCCCUCGCCAUUGACUAUAUUCACAAAUUAGGUUUUAUCCACCGGGACAUCAAACCCGACAACUUGCUUCUGGAUGCGAGUGGACAUAUCAAGCUUUCGGAUUUUGGACUCUGUACUGGUCUGAAGAAGUCCCAUCGAACCGAGUUCUACCGCGAUCUGUCUCAGGUGAAGCCCUCGGACUUUUCCAAUCCCAUGGACUCGAAGCGCAAAGCGGAGAGUUGGAAGCGCAAUCGAAGACAAUUGGCCUAUUCCACGGUGGGCACGCCCGACUACAUUGCCCCGGAGGUGUUCCUCCAAACCGGCUACAACUCCUCCUGUGAUUGGUGGUCCCUCGGUGUCAUCAUGUUCGAGAUGCUCAUCGGCUAUCCGCCCUUCUGUAGCGAAAACCCCCAAGAGACUUACAAAAAGAUCAUGUCGUGGAAGGACACCCUCAUAUUCCCGCCCGAGGUGCCCAUCUCCGAAGCGGCCAAGGACACAAUCCUGCGGUUUUGUUCGGACGCGGACACCCGCGUCAAGAACAUCCAUGACAUCAAGGCCCUACCAUUCUUUCAACAUGGGGUCGAUUGGAAUCACAUCCGGGAACGACCGGCUGCCAUCUCCGUCGAGGUGAAGAGCAUCGACGAUACGUCGAACUUCGAUGACUUCCCCGAUGUUGAUCUGAAGAUUUCGACGGCCGGCAGCUUGCAGGCCUCGAACAAGGAUUGGGUGUUCAUCAACUACACGUUCAAGAGGUUUGAAGGCUUGACUCAGCGAGGUCCGAUUCUCAAGUGAUACUAAGUACUAAUCUACCACAACCACAACAACUCUUUGUCUGCGUGCUAUUUAUUGAUUAUCAACAUCACCGUCAUUGCUUUGCAUUACUACCAAUCAUCAAAUCAACAAACAGAUCAACCAGGUCAUGGGUGACCAGGAGCUCUCCGCCCCAUCAUCCCCAUCAUCACCAUCAUCAUCAUCAUCAUCAUCAUCAUCAUCAUCAUCAUCAUCAUCAUCAUCGUGUAGUGUUUUGUAUGGAGCGUUCUCGAGCACAUAUGUCCCAUAAUACCCCGGCUCUGUGUAUGUACUUCAACCACGUUUCCCUCAAACUGACCUGAAAGUAAACCAUUCAGCUCGGAACCAGAUAACAAUAAGAAUAUUGUGAUAUAAAUAUAGAAAUAUCUCAAAAGGCCCGAAGUCCCCCGGAUCCAACUUGUUUGCCCUCUGCCAAAAGUUGGCCACCCCUCUCUCCCUUCCCCCCCCCCAAGUUUGUCCCAAAAUGACGAGUUCAGAUUGAAUUGUAUAGAAAUACCCAAUUAAAACACUGCGUCAAAGUGAGCCAUUUUUAUAGACCGGAAAUUCGAUAGAAACCACCCCAACCCCUCGUUUCUAGUUAUACAGUGCAGCUAGCAUUAUUGUCAUCAUGAUUAUCAUUAUAGGUCAAAAAAAAAUUGUAGCCUUCCAACACUGUCCCGCCCAAAAUCAGGGUUGUUUGCCUCCUUCAAAUUAGCGUUACACCCCAUAAGAACUAGUAUUUUCCUACAACAGACAUUCAAAUCUUAUGAUUUUUCCGAUUCUCGUCUCUUCUCCCGUUCGUUUUACUGGGAAGCAGGCGAUGGUUUUCCUCUGCCAAUUACACUGUCAAAAUGCAGAACGAUCUUCAAAAUAAAUUAUGUUCUCCACGAU